ACAUUCAUUUGUUAACCAGCUUAAGCUUGCUAAUAUUCAGCCUUACACCUUCACAAAGUAUGAAGCUUUCUCUCAUGAUCUUUUUAGUUGUUUCAAGUUUCCUAACCUAUAAAGCUCAAGGCAUAAAUAGAAAGUUAAUGACAGAAGCUACUUCUGCUAGUCCUAAGACCAUCGACCCACAGGAUCAGAAGAAUAAACAUGAUCCAAAACUACAAGUCAAAUCUACUCAUCAAUUAGCAAGGAAGGAAGAGGCAUCCAAUUCUUCGCCAGAAAAUGCGAAAAACUCGAAGAAGGUUGUCAUUACUGAGCAAUAUCCGGACGUCAUUACAGAUAUUGCCGAAAUGGAUUAUACUCCAGCUAGGAAAAAGUCUCCAAUUCACAACUGAGUUUCAGACAAAUAAUAAGGAAUAACUAUUCAAAAGCAUAUAAAUAUUUUUGAAAAAAAAAAUACAAUGGAUGGCAUUACCAGUUAUAAGCACAUUGAAGAAAUGCUGCAAGUUCUCUAGGGUUAAUUAUGUUAAUAUAUAGUUCCGUGCAUAAGAAUUGCAUUUUAGAUUACCAUGUUAUUAUGUGAUGAUGAUUUUGAUAGUCA